UUCUUCAUUAUUUUAUUGUGCUAGAAAUCAGCCUAUCACAAGCCAUUGAAGCAAAAGCAAAUGUCUUCUACGGUGAAACAAAAGCAUUUUGUGCUAGUGCAUGGGGCAAACCACGGAGCUUGGAGCUGGUACAAAGUCAAACCACGGCUGGAGGCUGCCGGUCACAGGGUGACGGCGGUUGACCUUGCUGCCUCGGGCAUCAACAUGAAGUCCAUCCAUGAUGUUCAUUCAUUUUAUGACUACACUGAGCCUUUGUUGGACGUUUUGGCCUCUCUUCCUCCUGAUGAGAAGGUCAUACUUGUUGGCCACAGCCUUGGGGGCUUGAAUUUGGCUUUGGCAAUGGACAAAUUCCCAGAAAAGAUUUCUGUAGCUGUUUUCUUAACAGCUUUCAUGCCUGACACCAACCACCACCCAUCUUAUAUCUUGGAACAGUAUUUCGAGAGGACAUCAGCAGACGCUUGGAUGGAUACUCAGUUUCCCCCCUUUCCCACAAAAUCAUCUCUCCUGUCAAUGUUCUUCGGCCCAGAGUUCUUGAAAUUCAAGCUUUAUCAGUUGAGCCCUGCUGAGGAUUUGGAGCUGGCGAAGACGUUAACAAGGCCAGGAUCACUGUUUGUAGACGACUUGUCCAAGUCCAAGAACUUCUCGAAGGAGGGGUAUGGAUCUAUUGCACGAGUAUAUAUCAUAUGCGAGGAGGAUAAGGGUAUUCUGAAGCAAUUUCAGCACUGGAUGAUCGAAAAUUAUGCUGUCAGAGAGGUGAUGGAGAUUAAGGGUGCAGAUCAUAUGGCGAUGUUUUCCAAGCCCCAAGAACUCACUCAUUGCCUCUUGGAGAUAGCCCAUAAACAUGGUUGAUACGGUUGACGGCGGGAACAUCUCUGUGAUGUUGUGCCUGAUGAUAUUUCUGCAAUAAAUCAAGUUUCAUAAAUAAUGCUCUUUGCCUUGUAUAAUAAAGGCUAAUGAAUAUCAAUUGGCAGCUUCUCCGAAA